AUGAUCUUGUAUAAUAAGGACGGUGGAUCAGACGGAGGAGAGGCGGUGGUGGUUCUGAAGAAAGGGCCGUGGACGGCUGCUGAGGACGAGACACUUGCGGCUUACGUAAGGGAAUACGGAGAAGGUAACUGGAACGCUGUUCGGAAGAAGACUUGGCUUGCUCGUUGCGGCAAGAGCUGCCGUCUCCGAUGGGCUAACCACCUCCGUCCUAAUCUCAGGAAAGGCUCCUUCUCCCCUCACGAGGAACGUCUCAUCAUCCAACUUCAUUCUCAGCUCGGUAACAAAUGGGCUCGCAUGGCUGCUCAGUUACCAGGACGAACAGAUAACGAGAUCAAGAACUACUGGAACACGAGGUUGAAACGCUUCCAACGCCAAGGCCUUCCUCUCUACCCUCCUGAUAUAUUACCUUACAAUCAUGUUCCACAACAACAGACCUACCUUCGACAACCCAAAACACCCUCCUCCACUCUCCUGUCUCCAACACCCGCUUCUUCCUUCGCCUUUCGCACUCCCACUCCGCCUCCUCUCUGUCCCAAACGUUCUUACAACACUGCCUUCAAUUGCAACCCCUCUUAUACUUCUUCUCCAACCGCUUUCCUUGUCUCUUCUCCGGCCUUCCAUUCCCCUCCUUCUUCCUAUCACUCUACCUAUCCGGUUUACUCCACGAAACAGGAGCUCCCUUCAAACCAAAUCCCAUACUCUGCCUCUUUAGGAGUCUACCAAGUUAGCAAGUUCUCAGGCAAUGCCAAUUAUGACCAUAACCAUCACACUGCUUUGCAUAUAAGUACCUGUCAGCUGUUAGAGGAUGUGAUGGAGGAGGCCGAGGCUUUGGCUGAUAGCUGUCGGGGUCCUAAGCGGAGACAACUCAUGGCUGCACCUGAGGAGGACAACUUCUUCUCUGGUACUUUCAGACAUUGUGCUUCUUCCGACAAACUAUGUUCCCUGCAAGGUAAUGAUCAGACAGCUCAAAAGGAAGAAGAGUCUCUCCAGAUGAACACGAUGCACGAUGAGGACAUAGCACAGCUUCUUGAUUGGGGAAGCGAAAGCGGAGAGAACUCAAAUGGGCAAUUCUCUGUGAUAACAACAGAGGACAACCUCGUCCUUGAUAAUCACCAGCUCGCUUCGCUGUUCCCAGCUGAUGAUGACAACAACAAUAAUACCAACAUGAACCCCUCAUGGGACAACUUGUCGGGGAUCUGCUAG